AUGCCACUCAGGAACAUAUCAUCCCUUGUGUUCGUGAUCAUUGUCACAGCUGCCCUUUCAGAAGCCACUCCCGACUACCCAAAUCAAUUCGACUUUGACAGCAGCUUUGCUACUCGUUCAACAACUGGAGCAAACGAGUCCUCCAAUGGCUGUCAGUAUCAAGUCGAAGGCGUUGGUGCCUUUAAUUUUCAUCUUGCAUUCGAUUUCACCACCAUGGACACGCUUCCAGAUGAGUUGAUCGCCAGUACCUAUGAAGUCGGUUCUGGACCAUAUGCUCCAUAUUCGCACAUUUUCAAUCCUAGCAAUAUUGUACUCGGAUCUGGUCAACCCAUGCAGAUGAUUGUUCCUGGUGGACAAACUGCAGACCCUCUAGAGACCUGUCAGAUAGUCACUAGAUAUGACGAUGUGCUUUAUGCCAGUGUAAGAACUGUAGCACAAGCCAGUCCUGUAAACGGGACAGUUCAUGGUUUCUUCAUGUACAUGAACGACACACAAGAAACCGAUAUCGAAAUUAGGACAGGUGAUCCCAGCCAUGUCCACUUCACCAAUCAACAAACACAUCCAGGCAAUGGUGAGACGACAUAUGCUGUGGCCGCACCCAGCACCAUGGCCUCUGCGUUCCACGAGUACCGAUAUGACUGGCUUCCUACCGGUACAAACUUGUACAUCGACGGCGUGCUGGUCAUGUCGAUAAACAGAAAUGUGCCCAGCGAAGCAGGCUGGCUGAUGUGGAACUCAUGGUCGAAUGGGUAUGUCUGGACUUUCGGUCCUCCGGCUCAGGACAGCAUUCUCCAGAUUCGCUCGGUGGAAGCCUACUUCAAUCGCACGAGUACCGAUACUUCCGACUGUGAAGCGAGCUCUAGUACAGGUACUGGAACGACGGUCACUACUGCUGGUGCUCACGUCACGACAAACGCAACAGCUGCAGACGAUCUUCCAUAUCCAUCUUCGUCUCUGGCUGCGUCUUCGACAGUUGAGAGCUAUGGUUACUAUUGGGAUUGCACUUAA